AUGCCAACGGGCGAAGAUGCACCCAAACCACCGCCUCCAACAUUCCAAACCUCCGAUAACGGAAAGUCCUCUUUUGACUUUCUUAGUCGUGUUGAGCAAAAGCUUGCACAAUACAAUGUAUCUGAAAGCAUCCUACAGCGCUGGCUAUUCGAAAUCCUAAGCGUCGUCACAAGCGCAGCUUGUAUGGGGGCAAUUAUUGGAAUACUUUUCCAUAUUGAUGACCGGUCUCUUAACAAAUGGCCAUCGGGCCUAACCAUUAUCACUAUUCUUUCUAAAAUAGCAUCAGCAGCACUUAUUCUCCCAAUAUCCGAGGCCAUCGGGCAACUCAAAUGGACCUGGUUCAAUGGUAAGAAAUCUAGGGAUGCUUUCGAUUUUGAAAUCUUCGACAAAGCGUCGCGCGGAGCAUGGGGUUCAUUUAUGCUCUUGUGCCGUACAAAGGGCAGAUCCCUCGCUGCAUUGGGGGCUCUCUUGACAGUAUUCUUAUUGGCAAUUGAUACGUUUUUCCAACAGGUAACUGAUCUACCGGAACGCUGGAUAGUACAAGGGGAAAGCUCUAUUCCCCGCAGCAUUCGUUACGAGCCCAGAGUUGAAGACCAGUUCGACAGCACUUGGGAAACUACAGCAAUAUCACAAAUGAAUCCUGAGCUACGAAAAGCAUUGUACCCGUUUUUCUACGCCAAUGGAACCCAACCAACAGUCGUUGGUAACACCACCCAAGCUGAAAUACCGCUAGUAUGUCCCACUAGUAGGUGCGAAUGGCCAUCCUACGAAACUUUGGCAGUGUGCAGUGCUUGCGAAGAUGUCUCACACAUGCUCGAGUAUGCCUGUCUCCCGAUGAAACUGGACUGGAUAAGGAACUCCACUGGCCCUGGUACCGAGAAUACAUGGCCAAAUGGAACUGCUUGCGGUUAUUUCUUGAAUGCUACAAGUAAUGAUCCUGUUCUCAUGACAGGGUUUCGGGUAGAGAACGAUACUAUAGGAGAGACGCUUCUCAUGCGUACCCUACCGCUUACUACAAACCCUCUUAGGGACUCUCUUUAUGGUGGAUCCAUCAACUUUAAACACAUACAGUACCCUAUCCUCGAUACACUGAUCGUCAGCUCUAUAGACGGAUCUGUCGACAACGUGUACAACAGGAAGUCCCCUGCUGCUCAGGAAUGCGUCUUUUCAUUUUGCGUCGAGACGCUCCGCUCUUCAUAUGAUUCAGGCGGCUACGAAGAGCAUGUAGAGAAAGUUUUCUUCAAUUCGACACCAUCAAAAUGGCCAUGGUUGGUUAAAUACGACGCAGUGGCGCAAGGUACUUGGGAAUCGUUCGAAGCGAAUAUCAGUAUACGUCCAGAUGCUCUCGAUGGAAAAGACCACGACUUUGGACUCUUCAAUACCACCUUUCUGGAUUUCACUACGGUUCUUGACGAGGUAUUCCCCUCGAUGAUUACAGUUUCCAAUGCAACAGCACCCCCGUUCAUCAAGAUCAGAACCAGCUUUACGACACAGGUUAUGUACCGUGUGGUUAACUAUAGUCCAUGGCUUUCGCCCAACAACGUCACUCGUCAUAUACAAAGGAUGGCACGAGCUAUGACCAAUGUCAUAAGGUCGGAUACUAACAGCAACGAACUCAUUGCUGGUACAGCCUUUGCGAGAGAGACCUACGUUGCAGUUUAUUGGCCGUGGAUGACGUUUCCCUUACUCAUGCUGUUUUUGAGCAUUAUUUUCCUCGUUGCUACAAUAUACAAGACCUCGAGGGAUAGCCAUGACGAGAUUGGUGUAUGGAAAACCUCAGCGAUGCCAACGCUGAUGUAUGGCCUGCCAAAACAUACACAGAACGACAUUAUGUCGAAUGCUGUAUCGAGAGGGAUAUCUCGUAGAGGCUCCAGAAGAGUACGGAUCAGGUUGCUUCCAAAACAAGGCUGGAGGGUUUCUGGACAAAUAACUGCCAGGCCACCACCUCCACCUGGUUUCUUUUGA